UUGCUGUUGUCUACAUCAACCAGCCAGUAUUUGGAAGCACUUUGAUAAACUGUCGUUCUUCUUAAACUGAUGCGUGUCAAACGAAGCGCGUGGCGUGUCACGAGCGAUAAACCAGCAGUAAGCUAGUCUGCCCCGAAACCGAUAAAACUGAAAAGAAGCGUCGGUUCGUCAAGCUUUUAAUUUAAUUUAAUUUUUUUCUACCACUGUCACACCAGUUAAGUUUGUGACAAUUCAACAGGCGGAUUUUUUUCUCGAUUAGCCGAUACAGCAAAUCUUUCAAGAACUUUCUUUUUUUCUUUUUACUUUUUUUUCCUUAAUUCCUAGUGUCCGCGAACCUGUUCCUGUCUUUUUUGUUUGACAAUCAGCAUUCGUUUACUGACAAGUCUCUCUGGAUUUUUCGCCAAUAUUUUCUCAAAGCGUCUAAAUUAGCCCAAAUAGAAGAUAAGGAACCUUUUAUAUUAUAUAUUUCUUAAUUUUUUAGGGGGAAGGUUUGCCUUAGCUUUGAUUAGCUAGCUUUUACUGCCUCUCUCAAACAGCUUUUAAUAGACAUCAACGUUAGCUCUUAACCAAAAAAACAAACAAAAAAAAAAACAAUCUGGGACCUUUAACUCCCACAGAACAGCCCUCUAACGUUUCACGCCGCCUUUUAAAAAGAAAACCGGCCGGAGCAUCACAGCAGCUGAGGGGCUGGACGUGAGAGGAGGAACGCUGUGUACAGUCACGGAAUCCCUCAUCGGAUUGCUAGAAUAUCCCAGUUAUUGUUGAAAAUGGCGGCGAUCGGAAUGGUGCAGAUGUUGAUCGAAGCAGCCGAGUAUCUGGAUCGCAGGGAACGAGAAGCUGAACACGGCUAUGCCUCCAUGCCACCAUUCAGCAGCAGCAGCAGCAGCAGAGAGAGGGAAAGCCUGAAAAGGAAAAGCAAAAGCAAGAAAAACAUAAGUAGCAGGUCUACGCACAAUGAAAUGGAGAAGAACAGACGGGCACAUCUACGGCUGUGCUUAGAGCGCCUAAAGUCCCUCGUUCCUUUGGGACCAGAUGCUAGCAGGCACACCACCCUGAGCCUGCUGAUGAAGGCCAAAGAUCAUAUCAAGAGGUUAGAGGAGGGCGAUAGGAAAGCCCAGCACACCUUGGAUCAGCUACAGCGGGAGCGGAGACACCUGAGGCGGCGUCUGGAGCAGCUGGGGGUGGAGAGGACCCGCAUGGACAGCACUGGCUCCACCCGAUCCUCCGACAAGUCUGACUCUGACCAAGAAGACCUGGAUGUGGAUGUGGAGGGGACAGACUACCUGCUGGGCGACCUUGAAUGGAGCAUCAGCAGCGUCAGUGACUCAGGGGACGAGCGCAGCAGCCUGCGCAGCAGCUGCAGCGACGAGGGCUACGCCAGCGCCAGCCUGCUGCGCCUGCAGGACUCUCAGGAGAAGGCCAAGCAGCUGAGCUGCAGCCUAUAAACAGCACUACUCACUGAAACACCGCCCACCUCGCUCCCUUCAACAACUCCCACACCCAAAGUUGUCUCAUCAAUCCUUUUUCUCCCCUCAGUCUCCCUUCCUCCCUCCAUCACCUCCUCUUAAGGCAGAUCUCAAUCCAGGCCUCAGCAGACUGCACUUCCUUCCGGACUGAACCGCCUUUGAGACACCCGCCUGCCCGCAUCCAGUACUUCAUCAGAGGACGAUCUUAAUGGCGUCACACGCUCCCCACAGAGCCAAUCAAACUAGUGGGAUUGAAAAGACACUCCAGCGCUCCGUCCUUCAGCAACUGUCAGCCAGAGAAUGUUACCACACAAUGUCCCACUGCCUCUGUUUCUACGCCUCAAGAGCCAUGGGAAGAAGCACUUAGAGAUUUCACCCCGAACACACACGCACACCGUUCAAUACCCCUAGUUGUCCAAUGACCUGUCAAAGGCGUGGCAGCGUGGCGUGGGGUAGCCUGCCGCCCUGCUCACCAGUCAAACAGGUUCACGCUUUCUUGCACUUGGACUGCGUCUCUCCAGAAGGCCCCGGUGCAGCAGUGCCAGCUGCGCCACGGCAUCGAGUGAAUGUUUGUGAAAUGUGGCCGCUAGUCCACAUCUCUAUGCGUGGCGGUAGAUCGCGAGAGCCUGCAGCAAUACCCCUUUUCAGCACUCGGGACUUUGACCGUCCAGGCUCACAGCGUCAUUGUUCCAUCCAUGUCCACACCUGCCAUUAAGAGAGAGAAAACCAACAAAAACAUUGUGCAGCAUGAGAUUGUGGGGGUGGGGUGGGUGGGGUUUAGCAUUACAUUUUCUCUCUCUCUGAUGAUUGUGGAUUUUCCACAGCAUCUCCUGCGCUCGACUCGUCCGACCCUUUUGAACACCAGCUUCACCCCAGGUACUGGCGUGCUUUUUCACUUCACUGCCCCAAUGAGCAGGUUCGCCGAAUAGGAAGGGAAAAGCUCGUCUGCAGAGAGUCGAGAGGCUCCAACACAUUCCACGGGGAGGAGUUGGGAGGGUGAGACCGAUAGCAUUAUUUUUACGAUAAACCUAAAUGUUCCUGCCAAUUAUUUAUGAAUGCAGAGUUCAGUUCGAGAGUAGGCGAGCCACCCUGAAGCAGAACAACUGGCCGUGAAUGCGAGUUCCCAGAGCGAGGCCCCACUUUGUGUUCAUGUCUACAAAAGCACUAAAUGUUGAAAACACCUUUCUCUUUUGCCUUCUCAGCUAUUUAUUGUUUCUGCAGAAAUGCACACCUUUUAAUGUAAAUAAGUUCAGAAAUAUUUGUCUAUCGGAAAACGUAUUUAUUAGAAAUACUAAAUCUAUAGAAAAAUCUAUAUAAAAAUAUAUUUAGACAUAGCUUUUGUUCUUGUGAGGUUUAUCAGAGGUUCCUAUAUGUCGUUUGUUUGCACAGCCAAGUCACUUGGUAGAAUAUUUAGAGGUGUCUCUUGUGCCCCUGCAGCUGUUGAAUUCGGCACAGUGCUCCUAAGAAAUGUUUUUGUCAUGGUGGGUUCUAGAAGUUCUCUCGCAAUGCCCCCCCCCCCCCCCCCCCCCUUUGGUGUGGUUUUGGCAAGGAGAGGACCAGAGGUGCAUGAAUGUAAACCUCUCUGUAGAGUAGCAGCACGGUGCCAAAAGAAAGGGAAAAGUCACAGGUGGAGGUACUGGUGUGGAAAAACCCCACAAAGGAGCGACAUUAGAGAAACUGAUAUGGAAUAGUUUGAUGUUUGAGUGUGGCAUGCUGCUUAUUUUUAUCUUUUCAGAUGUAGGAACUGUGUAGCCCCAAUUGCAGAGAAAAAACCUCCCUAAUGUGGUGGUGGUGGUGGUGUGAGUGGGCAGGUGUGUUCACAGGAAUGCCAUCUGUCCUCCCGUGCACGUGUACGUUUUCUAUUUCCACUGUCUUCAGAGAGAAAUCAUCAGGGUGGUGGAAGGUGGGUGGCUUUAAAUAAUUGUAAGGCUAUAUUUCUGUUUCCUGUUUGUUUACUAGCAGAAUGAAAAACACACACACAAAAAAAAGGUUCGGCUGUUGAUUUAAGCCUUGAUGUCUUUGGGGAGUCUCCCUGGUUUAACCCAUACAUGUUCUCUCUGCCUUCUGCCAAUCUACCUGUAUGUGCGUGUGCACUUCCUGUUUGUCAAGCGACCGUCCGUGAGCACGACUCCCUCCUCCACACGCCGCGCUGGCCUCCCCGGUGCACACUGGAGUGCACAAGAGAGCAUGCUCAGUAGAUGUAGAUAUGUUAGAGGGUCACGUGCAUCUAUUGCUCUGCAGCUGCAACCACCACUCCUUCCUGGUGCUUUCAGCACCUGCCAUCAAAAGCAGGUGUGGAAUAUCUUGAAGAACAAGACUACAGUCAGACCAGUUGUUUAAGCUACAGCUUUCAUUGUCAGGGGGAAACGUGUGUGUAUUUAAUCUCUUUGCACAUGUUGUCCCUGCGUGGCUAAAAAUGCCUUAAAAACAGACUCAAAAGUAUGAUCUAACUGAAGCAAGUCUUUGUGAUGUUAAUCAAAAUGUAUGGCCGCGGUCAUUCCUUUUCAUCGUGGCGGUCUCAGGUAUGGUGCUUUCCUGCAGUACACCCAAGAAACACUCUGACACGCUGGUGUCUCCAUGAACAUCUUCAUCACCUGCCGCCUUUAACAUCAGCAAGGUCAAAUGUCUGUUUUUCUGAUAAGGUGAUUUUUUUCUGCACUUACUUUUUAAGAUUGAAAGAAUUUGGACUUUGUCUUCUAUUUAAAUCACUUUAAAUGUGGGGGUUUGAAAAAUCCCUUUCACAAUAAAAUGUGGGGCAGCAAUUUCUAUUUGCCAGUGAUCUUAAAAGAAUAAACUGUUUGAAACCCUUGUUUACUGACCUACAA